CGCUGUCAGUUUUAUGUCCUCAGUGUGUUAGACCCAAUGAUGUCUUGCGGACAGGCCGGUGCCUGCCUUGGUUAUUGCAGUGAUUAGGGUUUGAAGGGAACUGUGGUCAUCUGAAGUCUUGCAACCAAAAAAUGGAGGUUGCACAGUGUGGCGGUGACGACAUGAUGGCGGAACUGGAGAGACAGCGCAAGGCCAUGGAGGAAGAUUUUGGCAAGCGACGGGCUAAAUUCAAAGAGAUGUUUCUGCUGAAGGAAGAGGAACUGAAGCAACAGCAGGAGCGGGUGAGCCAGCUGCAGCGCGAGUUGGACGACUCGCGUACCCAGCUGGCUGUGGCCGAGGUCACCUUCGAGAACCAGCUUGACGUGGAGCGGCGCAAACACGCCGAGGAGAUCGCCUCCAUCCAGCAUUUGGAGAAAGAGCAAGCCAGCUCCUCCCUGGAGGACCACACGCUGCGCCACCAGGCUGAGAUCCGGCAGCUGCGCGCCCAGCUGCGCCAGCUGCAGCAGCAGCAGCAGCAGCUGCUGCAGCAGCCGGCGGAGGAGGCGGCCGGCUUCGGUCCGCACGUGCUGACAGCCGUCACCAAACAGCUGGCUAAAAAGAUCACGCUGGGUGGCGCGGUGACGUCGGCGGCCGGCACGCAGGCCUCGCCGCUUGGCAGCCAAGAGAACCUCGACCAGAGCAUGAGGCGGGCCCAGGAAGACACGGAGAUGAUGCGCUCGCUGGUGAUCCCGCUGGAGGAGGAGAUCCAGGCGUUGAAGCAGAAGCUGCGCGACACGGACGCCCAGCUGCAGGUGCAGCUGACCGCUCGCGAGCAGCUCAUCCGCGCCGACCAGCUGCUGGCUCAGCUGUGUGCCGGCGGCCGGCUGGAAGAGCUGGCCGGGCAGCUGCGCCAACAGCUGCCAGCCGAAGAGCAGCUGCCGGCGGGGCUGGCGCCGCACAUGUACCUCUACAUAUCCGUACUGGAGGCGCAGAAGCUGGCCAUCUCGGACGACGUCAAGUAUGGCAAACAGACACAAGUGGAGCUGCGCGCCCAGCUGGAACCCUGCCGUCUUAUCCGGACCUCGCCGUCUCACUACGGGCCCCGCCGUCUCACCCUGGGAUCCGUCCCUCUUAUCCUCUAUCUUGCUUCAUCCUGCAUCCUUGCAACAUCCCACUUGUCCGGGGCAGGCUGCAUGCGUCAAUCACGAGUGGGCCGAGAGCCUCGUGGGAAGGUGGACCUCGACCGGGUACCCAGCACACAUGUGCAGGUAAAAGCUUGGUGGUUGGCCCCCAGGCGCAUGCAAGUUUGCCUCACCGUUAGCCAUUUUCCUUCAUCCCAUAACUCGGAACUGAUCAUUUCUGGUCGAAGGGGCUCUAAUUCAAACAACAAAACCAAAGUCUCGCUCCGGAUGCCGCCGUCUCACCCCGGAUCACGCCGUUCUCAGAGUGAGGCCGAGCCGGAGCCGGCCGGCUGCCACGGCAGCAUGCUCUCGCUAGACAUGGCCGAGUCGAGCUCCACCGGCAGCCAGCGCACCGACGCCGGCGCAGGCGGCCGCUGCGAGCGCUGCGCCAGCCUGGAGUCGCAGCUGCAGCAGCUGCAGGCGGAGCUGAAGGCGGCGGAGAAGCGGCGCGCCGAGCUCGGCCGCGUGCUGGAGCGUCACCAGGACGACCUGGGCCGGGAGGCGCGCUACCGCAAGCAGACCGAGCAGGAGUGGCAGCGACACGCCGAGGACUACCAGCAGCAGAUCAGCGAGCUGUACAAGGCGGUGGAGACGGGGGAGAAGCGCUACCACAACCUGGAGCGGCGGCACAAACAGUUCGUCUCGGAAGUGCAGGACAAGCUACGUCGACUCACCGCCGACCGGCAUGUGGUGCAGCAGGAGCUCAACAGGCUGCAGGCGGAGAAUGACACGCUGCUGGGCAAGUACAGCGCUUGUUCCGGCGAACUGCAGAACGAGUUCAUCAAUUUGCCGGACCAGGUGGAGGAGCUGCACCUGAUGCUGUUGCGCUACAAGGAGGAGCUGAUUUCAGCUAAGAUUGCGCGCGAGCACGUGGAGGAGACGCUGCGCAACCAGCUGGCCUUCAUGAAGAACGAGCAGGAGGCGCUACAGCACGAGAAGGACUCGCUCAACGACGAGCUGGUGGCGGAGCUCAGCAAGCUUAGGGAGGAGGUCACGCUGAAGGACAGCGUCAGUUCCGAGCUGGAGGCCGAGCAGGCGCGCCGCCAGCAGGCCGACGGCCAGCUGGCGGCGGCGCGUGAUCAGCUGGCGCAGCAGACAGCCAUGAACCGGCAGAUGGUGGCCGCGUUGCAGGCGCAGCUGGAGGAGCAGAGCUCCGCCAAGUCCUCGCUCCAAGAGGAGGUAUCCAGAUUGAAGACCAAAGUGGCCACGCUACAGCUCGACUUGGACAACUCUGAAGCUGUCCAGAGAGACUUCGUCAAGCUAUCCCAGUCACUGCAGAUGGAGCUGGAGCGGAUCCGCCAAUCGGACACGGAGGUGCGCUGGCAACACGAGGACGACGUGGACGACUGUAGCCGCUGUCACGUCCGCUUCACGGUCAGCAGGCGCAAGCACCACUGCCGGCACUGCGGCAAGAUCUACUGCGCCGACUGUCUGAAUAAGGCGGUGCCAAGCGGGCCCAGCGGUACCAUGAGCCGAGUCUGCGAGGUCUGCCACACGCUUCUCAACCGCGAGUCGGCGCCCUACUUCAGCACGGAGGCGCCAGGCGUCGCCGACUGAGCGUCGCCCGCCGCGGCAGGGUGCGGCACACGGGCUGAGCCGCCGGGCCGGGCCGGACCGAGCACGGCGCGUCCGCGUCUGACAUCGGCGGCGGCGGCGGUGUUUGGGCGCAGCGAGACCCGGCCAGACGUGAGGCCGCCCACCGCCACCGCUGUGGCACCGGGUCCGGCUAGAGUGGGGCCUGUGAGAUGAUGCAUCCUAUAUUUCCCCAGUGAACAUAAUUGUGGCGGGCGCGGCUGGCGACUGUCGCGGGCGUGCGGCGUCGAUCGCCGGCCGUGUCGACAGAGCAGAC